AUGAAUUACGGACAGCUUCCCAGCAAUCUCCGCAAGCGUCCGUAUGAUAUGGAGGGAGAUCCACAGCUCGCUUCCUCUUCAUUCACCCCCGAACCCAUGUUUUUACGUAUUCUUGCAAACGAGCGAAGUUUGGCUUCCAUCAUGAUACGAGGGAAAACCUUUAUUAGUGAUCUUAUGGUAUGUCAGUUGUUUGUAGUUAACAUUUUUAGGAUCAUUUCAAUGUGA